ACAACGCAAACCUUUUCGCAGGCUAACUGUUUUUAGCUUUAGGCUUUAGCGAAAAAACACAUAAAAAAACGUCACUAUUUCUUGUUGGUAUUGUUCAUAAUUAAACGAUUGUGAAUUUAUUUUCAUUGCUGACAUUAUAAAUAGCUAUGUCAAAUGAUAAGCAGAAAACUUUGAGCUAUAUCCAAGAGAUGUUUAAAGACAGAGUAGAUGACGAAUCAAUCAAGCUUGUUUUCGCUCAAUGUCAACACAAUGUUGAUGAAACUGUGAUCCAACUACUUGCAUUAACCAAGCAUCAAAAUACUGACAAAGAUACUGUUAAAAAUAAGACAUUUGACUCCAUUGAUCCAAUCUAUUUUCCUUCCUCAAAAGGAAAAAAACUAAAUGUUACUCCUUUUCAAAAGAAUAAGCAAAGUGGCACCUCAGGAUCAACGUUUUCUACUUACCCAUCAUUUAACACAAACUUUUCUUUUUCUCCACAAAUGAAUAGUCAGUUAAAUAAGGAUGAAACAUGUAAGUCAGAUGAUUAUGGUCAUAUUAAUUCAGUUGAUUGUAUUGAUGAAAUUAAUGAUACUGUAAGCUUGAGCAAGCUAGAAGCUGUUGAUAAAAAGCAAAAUGAUUAUGCAAAAAAAAAUAAAAAUAAAGAAUUUUUCGCCCAUACUCAGUCAAAGUCAAUUUCAAAUGGAAACAUUGAUCCUGAGAAUAAGCACACAAAUGUUCCUCAUCAUUCAUUACAACAAUCCUCUAUGAUUCCUCAUGGAAAGCAAUGGCAUGAAAAUCCCCAGUCAAAGAAAGAUGGAUAUUGCAAUAUGAAUGGCAAAAAGUCUCUCCCUGCGGGCAACAGACAGACUAAGAAAACAACAUAUUCUGAUGGUGCUAAUGCAAAACAGAAAAAUUUUACUUCUGGAAAUCAUAAAAACUUUCCUAAAGACAACAAUAAAAGGUUUGGCUAUAAACCUCAAAACACAAAGUCAGGAUAUCAAAGAAUGAAUGACAAACUGCCUCCUGAAUCAUUAAGCAAAGGUGAAACUGACAAGGUGCUUAAAUCAGUGACUAUACUACGUGGACUGCCUGGAAGUGGAAAAUCUACUUUGGCAAGGCAUCUGGCUGCUUCUGGUGGAAUAAUUCUUUCAUCUGAUGACUUUUUUUAUAAGGGAAACGAAUAUUGUUUUGUUCUUGAAAAACUUCAAGAAGCUCAUGUAUGGAAUCAGGAACGAGCGGCAAGGCUUAUGGAAGCUGGUUUAUCCCCUUUAUUCAUUGACAACACAAAUACUCAAAUGUGGGAGAUGAGACCUUAUGUUAUGUCGGCUUUAAAAUGUAACUACGAAAUUACCAUUAAAGAACCCGAAACAUCCUGGAAGUGGAAUUUAAAGGAAUUAGAACGGAGAAAUAUACAUGGCGUGAAUCGUGAUGUUUUGGAAAGGAUGAUCGAACGAUAUGAAAGAAAUGUUACCGUUGAUAAAAUUGUACGAUCUGUGCCUAAACCUCCCGUAAAACGUGAGAAUGUGGAUUGCGCCAUUAAUGAAAAGCCAUAUAACCAGUUAGGACCAGAACAUGGCGAAUUUAAACAAUUUGUCAAAACCAAUAAAAUUCAAAAUACUGCCGAAUCCACGAAAAGCAAAUCAAUUAAGCUCAAAAAUCCUUCAUCGUCGGCUACACUCUCUGGAAAGAAGGGAUUUGUCGAUGAAAAUAAAAACGUAAAAGCUUAUCAGAGUACGAAACAGAACAACUUUAAGGGAAAAACUGGGAAUGAACCCGUUGCAAAAAGCAUGCCUAAAAUUUUUGGUGAAGACGAAAAUCAAGUUCUUGACAACUUGAAGACAAGGAAAAAUGAAGAAGAGCAGAUAUUUGAUUCCGAUAAACCUUUGACUUCUUCACAUGUACAUAUUCAAUCGCUGAUUGCUAAAGAUGAGACAUUUUUGCAAAGCAGUACAAGUUUACAGUAUGACCAAACUUCUGAGAAUCAUUUGAAUGCCUUCAUAGAAAAACAGAAUAGAAAUCGUGAAAGUGUUUUUUAUAAAUGUAAAAAUGGCACGAAUCAAUUACCUGAAGUUGAAACAAACAGUCCACAAUUGUUGAAAAAUUUUGAUAUCGUAGAAAAUAAUACCUUGAAUUAUACCUUUUCUGGUGAAGAUAAUGUGAGUAAUCCUCUUAAGGAUAGCAGUUUUUGUCGGGAGGAUUUGAACAAGACUGAGCUAAACAUGCAAGCAUCAAAUAAAGUCAAUAAAAAUGACGAAACAGGUGAAAUACGUUUGGAAAGGCUAGCCAAUAAUGAAAAUCUAAAUGAUGAAAAUAUUAGAGAAAGCGUUUCUCUUUUGGCAGACAAAACAUUUCCUUUUGCACAAUCCUUGUCGAACAUUUGCCAAGGUCAUGAUGUAGAAUUGCCUUCGAUUAAUAAUGAUGGUCUAACUUCUUAUAUUCCUGGACAGAUGCCUAUCAUUGAACAAAUUAAUGCAAACAAUUUCAUGAAUUCUGUGUAUUUUGACGUUGGACGGGCUGAUGUAAAGACUGUGUGCAGUAAAGUAGAGAAAGAAAAGGAAUAUUUUCUGGACUCUAAACUUCAAACCAAUACAACAAGUGAGGGUCUACAGUUAAAUGAUGAUGUUGAUGAAGACUUUCGCUAUAAAUCCUCUGUCAAUCAAACGCUUGAAGUUGAGACUGUUAAGCAUGAAGGAAAAACAUAUAACUACAGUUCAGGUAACUUACAAACUAGCCGCGAAAAUAUGUUAGAAUAUAGAGAAGACACAAAUUUGGAAAGCUCUGAUGGAAAUAUGUCGAACGAAAAUGGUGUUGAUGUAAACAAAAUUGAUUCUGUGACAUUUUUGAAAGACUGUUUCCCACAAACGAAAAUUGAUAUGUUGAAGUCGUUUUUGGAUUCGUGUCAUGGCGACGUAAUAAAGACUGUGGACUUGCUGUUACGAUAUAAUGAUGAAUUUCGAAAUCAGUCACCCUUCGAUGAGAAUGCGGAUAAUGGAAAAAAUUGUGAUAAUGGUUCAACAAAAUCAACUUUAUCAUCUUCUCCUAGUUUUGAUACUGCACCAAAGACAAAUUGCAACUCGUAUAAUUCUCCAUCAUCUUCAUCUUCCCCUUCACCGACUACUUGUAAGUUUAGCGAUGUUGAAGUUGAUGCUCUUCAACUUACUCUUGAUCCUGCCUUUGCAUUACAACUAAUCGAAAUGUUUGGAGCAUUUAGUGGAGUUUCUACCAAAGACAUAUUGUGCGAAAAUGCUAGAACAAUAACACUUGGUAAGGAGCUUGCAAAGAGCCUUUACAAUAAAUGGAGGAAAAACUUUCAGGCAAAUGACAAUGAAAAGAAAUCACACACAUUUUCUCCCGCACAUAACAUAUCAAGUCGCUCUACUAAACGAAAAUUUACAACACCUUCACGUCAGUUUUAUCUUCCUGAUCCAGUUCAAGUAAAACACUCUUCACCUUUGCAACCUGAACCAGUAUCCUUAAAAGAAAUCAUGGAUGAACAGUUUGCCAUUCAUGUUAGUCAAAUGGAUCAGGAAUCAGAAAAAAAUUUUUAUGAACAGCAGCUUGAUUUUUCCAUGAAACUUAAGAAAUUUCGUCUUCACGGAUUGUUUCCUGACGUUGAUAAAGUAGCUCUUAAUGAAAUACUCCAAGCAAACAAUUACGACUUAGAUACAACAAUAAAGCAAGUACAGUCAUCUUGUAAUAAACCUUUGGUAGAACAUUCUCCUACAACUGUUGUUACUGAACAUCACUCCUUGACCAAGCGUCCUUCACCAAAUCCUACCAUUAACGACGUGGUCCAAUCUGACGAUGUGGAUAAAAAUUAUCAGUCUUUACAAACUCCGUCAUACCAAGAUUAUCGUACAGAGGCUCAAACUCAUUUUCAACUCAGAGCUGAGUGUAUAAAGAAAGCUGCUUUGGCUUACAGUAAAAAACAAGGAGAGCUUGCCAAGGUUUAUGCAGAUCAGGCGAGGGGUCACGGUGAGAGAAUGCAAGAAGCUAAUCGACGUGCUGCAGAAAAGAUUGUAGAAAGCAGAAAUCGUGAUUUAAUUCAUUCUAACACGUUGGAUCUUCACGAACUUCACGUAAACGAGGCAAUCACUGUGCUGGAUAACGUUCUUGAAGAACGUCGUAGAGAGCGAAAAAAUGUGUCAACAAAGAAGAGCCCUGGAUAUCUUGAAGUUAUUACAGGUCGUGGGAAUCGUAGCCGUCAGGGUAAAGCGCGUAUCAAACCUGCCAUUAUAGAAUAUCUAAAAAGACAUAAAUACAGGUAUGAAGAGUUGAAUAGUGGGUUGUAUAGAGUUUAUUUUAAAUAAUUGAUCGUAAGUAAACAAGUGCUCAAUGAAACGACUGAACUGAUUUCAUAACAUUUUAAAGCCAACUAACUUUUCCGAACUUUAUUUUGUAAUAUGAGCUUUAUGCAGGUAACGCUCUCGAUGUUUGACAUACGCUUGGUUUUAUAUGUUGUAACGUGUUUAUACAUAUAGUAAUUUAAUUUUUUACAUUAGUCUUAUCAUUCAAAAUAUAUUAUAUUUAUGUACCAUGUGCAUAAAAAAAUUACACAUAUACAUGCUAAUAUAUCAAAA